GUAUUUUUAUUCCUAUCAAAGUAAAAAUGUCACAGAAAGUAUGUUUAGCAUUAGCCAUAUUGUCUUCUGCCUUGCUCAUUAUGGUUCAGGCAGGAGAACCAAGCAGCUUGGAAGUAGAAGUUGAGGCCAUGAAAGCUUUCAAGGCCUCAAUUCUUGAUGACCCUUUAGGCAGCCUUGUGGACUGGACUGAUGCAAAGGGACACUGCAACUGGACUGGGGUUACAUGUGAUCCUUUGUCGACUCGGGUCGUCAACAUUUCCCUCAUUGACAUGCAGUUGAAAGGGGAAAUCUCUCCCUCCAUUGGGAACCUCUCCAAUCUCCAGGUUCUUGAUCUCACCUUGAAUUUCUUCACUGGCAAAAUCCCACCCCAGUUGGGGCUUUGCUCACACCUUCUUGAGCUCAUACUUUUCAGCAACUUUCUCUCGGGUCCAAUCCCGUCUGAGCUAGGGGGCCUUGGAAGCCUGGAGAGUCUAGAUUUUGGAAACAAUUUUCUUAAUGGGAGUAUACCCCAUGCCUUAUUCAACUGCACUUCCUUGUUACAAGUAAGUCUCAUUUUCAAUAACCUCACCGGCACAAUUCCUGCCGAUUUUGGCAAUCUGGUUAACCUCGAGCUAUUCGUCGGUUAUGGUAACACAUUAGUUGGAUCCAUCCCUUCAUCCAUUGGUAGGUUGAAAGCCAUUCAGGCUUUUGAUCUGAGCCAAAACCACUUAUCUGGACCAAUACCACCAGCAAUAGGAAAUCUGUCCAGUUUGCAAAUUCUUCAGUUGCAUUUCAACUUCCUUUCUGGGAAAAUCCCAUCUGAGAUUGGGCUCUGUAGGAAUCUUACCAUCUUGAAUAUAUUUAGCAAUGAAUUUACAGGUAGUAUUCCCCCUGAGCUUGGGAACUUAGAGAAUUUGGAAAUCCUGAGGUUGUACAACAAUAAGUUGAACUCCUCAAUCCCAACAUCAUUGUUUCAACUCAAAUCAUUAACCCAUUUGGGGCUGUCCCAGAACGAGUUAACCGGUACCAUUCCUUCCGAGAUAGGGUCCUUAGAAUCACUACAAGUUCUCACUCUCCACAUCAACAGAUUCACUGGCCAUAUUCCUUCAUCCAUAACAAAUUUGACAACCUUAACAUAUCUGUCCAUUGGGUUCAAUUCUUUGACUGGCCCGAUUCCGUCAGACAUAGGAUUGCUACAUAAUUUACAGAACCUUACCAUGAAUAACAACCUCUUGGAAGGAACAAUCCCAUCCAGUAUCGUUAACUGCACACGUCUUCUAGUUAUAACUAUGAGUUAUAAUAGAGUUUCGGGAAACAUACCCAAUGGGUUGGGGGAAUUAGGAAACCUCACUUACCUGUCUUUGGGUGGAAAUAAAAUGUCGGGGGAGAUCCCGGAUGAUCUCUUCGAUUGCUCGAUGCUUCAGGUGAUAGAUUUAAGUUAUAAUAAUUUCAGUGGAAAACUGAAACCAGAUAUUGGCAGACUAUCCAAUCUGCGUAUCCUGAGGGCAGUGGGUAACUCGUUGGAUGGACCGAUCCCAAGAGAGAUUGGUGAUUUGAGCCACCUGAUGGAUUUGGAGCUACACGAAAAUAGUUUUUCAGGAACCAUCCCACCUGAGCUAUCAAAGCUUGCAAACCUGCAAGGCCUUUCGCUGUUCAACAACGAGUUGGAAGGGCCAAUCCCUGAGAAACUCUUUGAUCUUAAACAACUCACUAAUCUACGUCUGCAGCACAACAAAUUCAUUGGUCCAAUUCCAGAUUCUGUCUCAAAGCUCGAGUUACUUUCUCAGCUUGAUCUUAGUGGGAACAUGCUCAACGGGACUAUCCCAGAAAGCAUAACAAAUCUUAGACGGCUGAUGAUGUUGGAUCUGUCACACAACCUUCUCACUGGACAUGUUUCUCCAUCAUCAGUGGCAAGCAUGAAAAGUAUGCAAUUUUACUUGAAUCUCUCCCACAAUUUCUUGGAGGGGAUAAUUCCAGAUGAGAUUGGCAUGUUAGAAAUGGUGCAAGAGAUAGACUUGUCAAGCAACAACUUCUCAGGAAGGAUCCCCAGAUCCCUGAAAAACUGCAGAAACUUAUUUUCUCUAGAUCUGUCGGGGAACACGCUAUCUGGUCAAGUUCCAGCAGAUAUUUUCACUCGAUUUAGCGAGAUCAUGAACUUGAACCUCUCCCAUAAUCAACUAGACGGUGAGCUUCCUGAAAGUUUGGCAAAAAUGCAACAUCUUCACUCUCUCGAUCUUUCUCACAACAAUUUCAGAGGCACCAUUCCUGAAAGCCUUGCCAAAAUGCAUACCUUAGAGCAUCUCAACCUUUCUUUCAACCAACUUGAAGGCCACAUUCCGGAGACAGGUCUAUUUGCAAACAUUACUUCUUCUGAUUUAGAUGGAAAUCCAUCUCUUUGCGGAAAACAGGUGCUCAGGCCUUGCUAUCGUGUGAAUUCUCACCGCUUGUCAAACAAAACCAUAAUCAUUCUUGCAGCACUUGCUUCUGUUUUCAUUCUCGUCGUCCUGGCAUUCGCAACUUACCUACUUCAUCAGCACAUCAAGAAACAAAAAGUAAAAGAUGCUGAAAUUACAGGUCCAGAAUACACCUCGUUGAGCCUCAGGAGGUUUAGCCGAGAGGAGUUGGAAACUGCCACUAACUGUUUCAGCGAAGACAACAUUAUAGGAGCCAGCAGUUUAAGCACUGUGUAUAAAGCUGAGCUUCAGGAUGGAAACAUUGUGGCAGUUAAGAAUCUGAACUUGAAACAGUUUUCAGCAGAGUCUGAUAAGUGCUUUGACAGGGAAGUCAAGACCCUGAGCCAUCUGAGACACAGGAAUCUAGUUAAGGUCUGCGGUUUUGCUUGGGAGAGCAAUAGAAUAAAAGCCCUGGUUUUAGAAUACAUGGAGAAUGGAAACUUGGACAGAAUUAUACACAAUCCAGACUCAGAUGAUUCAAGGUUGACACUGUCCAAGAGGAUUGAAGUUCUAGUCUCGGUCGCGAGUGGGCUGUCAUACCUGCAUUCAGGUUAUGAUUUCCCCAUAGUGCACUGUGACUUGAAGCCAUCUAAUAUUCUCCUAGACAACAACUUGAAUGCCCAUGUAAGUGAUUUUGGAACAGCUAGGAUGUUGGGAAUUCAAGAAAGUAGCACAUCAUCAACAUCAGCAUUUGAAGGAACUAUUGGAUACAUGGCACCAGAGUUUGCAUAUAUGAGGAAAGUGACAACUAAGGUAGAUGUAUUCAGCUUCGGAAUAAUAGCAAUGGAGCUCAUUACAAGAAGAAGGCCAACAGGACUUACAGGAGAGGAUCAACUGCCAAUCACAUUGCGGCAACUUGUGCAGAAAGCCAUUGAUAAUAGCACCGGGGGGAUAUCGGAAAUUCUUGAUCCUUAUCUAGCUGCACAUGCCUCCAAGAAGCAGGAUGCCAUGGAAGCUCUUCUGGAUUUAGCUUUGUCUUGCACCUGCUCAGACCCCCAAGACCGGCCUAACAUGGAAGAAGUUCUGUCAACUCUUUCAAAGCUUAGUAAAAUGGCAUGAUCUGCAGACCUUCAUUGCAGUGUUCUUUGACAGUAGAUUACAUUUACAAUUAGGAAUGGUGAAAUGUUUGCUAAUUAUUACUCCACCCUCCCAUUUUAUUUGUCUUGAUUUGUCAAUUUACAAUUAAUUUUAUACAA